GUUAACAGAAAUCGCGCCGACGUCGAACUCUCAAAAUCUUUGCGUGCAAAAUUUGGGCCAAAUCCGGUCCUAAUUCUUAACAAUUGGACCCUAGGUAUGACCCGUUACCAUGAGCCAAUUAGUGGCAAGGGGCUGCGGGAGAUCUUAAUAGGCCAGGGAUUCACUGUUUACUUAAUUGACGAGUAUUCCACCUCAACUUUUUGCCCAGUGUGUGAGAGCAGGAUCGAGAAAUUCCACAAAAUUGAUGAUCCUCGUCUGAAGAAUCCUAAGCACAAGUACUAUGUUGCAAUGGCAGUAGCAGCAGCAGCAUCUAAAUUUAUCACAGCCAUAACAAACUACCGCUGCUGA